UCCGCGCUGGGACUGGUUCCUUCGCAGCCAUUUUCUGUCCAACCAAACAGCCGAUUGGAGACGGGAGCCAACCAGGGCUGCAUUGGAGGUAGGCAUUGGGCAGACACUAGACGCCUUUUGGGGAAGGUGUUGGUGAGCAGCACUGGCACCGCGGCUCGCGCUAGCAGUGUUUCAUGAGAAUGGAUGGUGAUAGUUCGACCACAGACGCUUCGCAGCUGGGCAUUUCUGCAGACUACAUUGGAGGGAGCCACUACGUCAUACAGCCCCACGAUGAUACUGAGGACAGCAUGAAUGAUCAUGAAGACACAAAUGGCUCAAAAGAAAGUUUCCGAGAACAAGAUAUCUAUCUUCCAAUUGCAAAUGUGGCUAGGAUAAUGAAGAACGCCAUACCUCAAACAGGAAAGAUUGCGAAAGAUGCCAAAGAAUGUGUUCAAGAGUGUGUGAGUGAGUUUAUUAGCUUUAUAACAUCUGAAGCAAGUGAGAGGUGCCAUCAGGAGAAACGGAAGACAAUCAACGGGGAAGACAUUCUCUUUGCCAUGUCCACCCUGGGCUUUGACAGCUACGUGGAGCCUCUGAAACUGUACCUGCAGAAAUUCAGGGAGGCUAUGAAAGGAGAGAAAGGAAUUGGUGGAGCAGUCACAGCCACAGAUGGACUGAGCGAAGAGCUCACCGAGGAGGCGUUCACUAACCCGUUACCAGCUGGCUUAAUAACUGCAGACGGUCAACAACAAAAUGUCAUGGUUUAUACAACAUCAUAUCAACAGAUUUCUGGUGUUCAACAAAUUCAGUUUUCAUGAUCUGAAGAAAUGAUGGGCUGGGAGUGUAGAGAUGAGAGUCUGAUUCUGGAACUGAGACAUUGGAAGACAGUGACUGGUGAAAAAAAUGUCUCUUUGUACAUUCAAAAGCUGUAAUGUAGCUUCCUGAUGCUUGACUAAUUGAGGUGUUAAUUCUAACUUGAGAAUCUUUUUCAUGAAUGAUUUUAAAGGAAAAUUUGGAUUUUAAAGGUAUUAAAAUAUUUUUGUUUUGUACGAGAGUUUGUUGCGCUGUAUGACUCCUGUAUGCAUUGUAUAUUGCAAUUUAUUACUGUCAGAGAUUUGUAGACAGUUUCUUAUUUUCAUAUUGAAUCAUGUUACUUUUGUAAUUCAAGUAAGCAGCUGGGUUAAUUCAUGAUGUUUGCUCUUUUAAUAAAAUAUAAGGGUAGAGUUCAUUUUGAAUGUAAGUUGCCUUUGUUAUAAAUUUGAGUUUGUCUUGGCUAUAGAUAUUAUCUUGCAUGGUAACCUAGCUAGGUUUUUAGCAUUUGCCAUAUCUAUUAAGGUUAAUUUUUUUGGGUAAACCAUUCAAAGUUGCACCAUUUUAAAAAUGUAACUGAAGAAUUUGUGAAUGCAGAAGUUAUUGUCUGCCCUAUUAAACUCGGUGCCCAUUAACAGUGUUUACACUGUUCAUUGUGCCUGUUAACGUAGUUUUACUUAUUACAGCUUUUGUUAAGACUAGAUUUUGACUUACUUUGUAGCAAGUAUUAGAAUUCACUGAAGUUUGACAUAGUUCUAGAACCCUCCAAAGGGUGCCCCUUUCAUUUGGUGUAUGAUUUUUUUUUUCAAAGCAUAUCUUCAAGUAUUAUAGUAUCCUCUUCCAGAAGAGGAAUUUUAUCUUUUUUUUUUUUUAAUUGAAAUGUCGUUUCCUAUUGUGCUAUGGGAACCAGGAAACAUUGGACAUCAUGUGUACAGACCUUUUGCACGGUGAAUGAAUGAGAAUGAAAACAGAGUGAGUGCUAGGGACAGUGUGGAAGAAAGCCUCGACCUCGUGUGCUGUUUUGCUCUUGGCAAUAAACUAAGAUAGUGUGACUUUGUAUGAUCCAGUGGUAUGUACUUGGUUGUUUCUUUUUUAAGAUAAGGACUUAUAUUUUCUCAUCUUAUUCUCUUAGUGGUUUUUUUCCCCCCAAUUUUAAUAUCACAAGUUACUAUUGCCUACUUUGCCAAAAGGAGGUUUGAGUGAACGAGGCCUUUGAAGGACACUCAAAUUCACUAGGCAAAAUGAGUCUCUCCUGACUGCCAGGAGCCUUCAGGGCACAAGUUGGCUACUCUAGGUAGUAAUUCCCUUCCCCUAGACCCUUGUUUGAAAAUAAUCUGCAUUAUGGAAAAUUCAAAUAGGAGUAAAAGGGAUGGGUAGUUAAGUAGAAUCAAUUAUCAUCCUACUGUGUUGAAAAAACCAAUGUUGAUAUUUUGAUAAAUAUCAUUUGUCUUUUUACUUUGCAAAAUAUGUAUAUUUUUAUAAAAUGGGCUCAUUGUGCAUACCAUUUUGUAAUCUGCUUUUUCCACUUAACAGUAUAUUGUGAAUGUCUUUGCCAGUCACACACAUAAUCUUCAACAGUCUCUGUUGGUUUAUAAUUCUAUUGUAUGAUUGAAUCAUAAUUUAUUUACUGGGCAUUUUGACUAUUUACAUCUUCUCAGUUAUAAAGAGCAGUUCACUGAAA